AUGUUCCAGUAUCUAUUAGUUGUCUGCCUUAUCAGUUCGGCGCUAGCGAACGAGGCCCAGUCUGGCCGCAUCGUCGGUGGUCGUCAAGCGGGGCCUGGACAGUUCCCAUUUCAGGCUUCGUUGCGUGAUCUGAAAAAUUCCCAUGUGUGUGGAGCUGUUAUAAUAAACGAACGGUGGCUGCUGACGGCAGCCCACUGUACCAUGGGCAGUCAGCCCUAUCAGCUCCGGGUGGUGGUUGGUUCUAUCGAUCGGACUACUGGUGGCACAAGUUACAAUUUGUGGCAGAUUAUUGAACAUCCUGAUUUCAAUGAGCGCAGCCUGGAUAAUGAUAUCGCCUUGAUGCAGACUGGUUAUCCGAUUGUGAUGACCACACAGGUGAAGUCGGUUAACAUGGGUGAUUCCAUCGUUCCGGCAGGAAAGAUCGCCGUCGUUAGCGGUUGGGGCAAAUUGCAGUCGGACGCUACCGCUUCCACGAUGCUACAGUAUAUGGAAGUGAGAACUUUGGACAACCUGGAUUGCAGACUCAGACAUGAUACUUAUCAUCGCACUAGAAUUCAUAGCGGCAGUUUGUGUACGUUCUCGCGGGUUGGUAAAGGUACCUGCAUGGGAGACUCGGGAAGCCCAUUGAUUGUUGAUGGGGUUUUGGCUGGUUUAGUGUCCUGGGGUGUUCCGUGUGCUGUUGGAAAACCUGAUGUUUAUACCAGAGUUGCCACCCAUCGUUCGUGGAUUUUAAGUACAACCAGAGUCUAA